AUGGCGGUGUCUCUGGGGGAGGUGGCCGCAGUCAGUGGCGCUAGCCGUUUGCGGCGGCAACUGGAGUCCGGGAGUUACGCGGCGGAGGAGUACGUGAAGCAGCUGUCCCAGCAGUCGGAUGGGGACCGGGACCUGCAGGAGCACCGGCAGCGCAUCCAGGCGCUGAGCGAGGAGACGGCGCAGAGCCUCAAGCGCAACGUCUACCAGAACUACCGGCAGUUCAUCGAGACGGCCCGCGAGAUCAGCUACCUGGAGAGCGAGAUGUACCAGCUCAGCCACAUCCUCACCGAGCAGAAAGGCAUCAUGGAAACGGUCACCCAGGCCCUGUUGCUGCAGUCCAAUGCCGGCGAGCGAGAAGACCCGGCUGUCGCGGGAGCCCGGCGAGCUGCCGCGGCCGCCGCCGACCCCCACGCGAACCCUUUCCUGCCUCUCUCCGGCAAGGACGCCUCGGCCAACGAGGAGGGCCGGCAGCGAACUCUCACCACCCUCCUGGAGAAAGUGGAGGGCUGCCGAGACCUGCUUCCCGAGAGCCCCGGCAAGUAUCUCGUGUACAACGGGGACCUGGUGGAAUACGACGCCGACCACAUGGUGCAGAUCCAGAAAGUGCAUGCUUUCCUUAUGAAUGACUGCUUGCUGGUGGCGGCGUGGCUGCCCAACCGGCGGGGCAUGUACCGUUACGAUGCCCUCUACCCGCUGGAUGGGCUGGCUGUGGUUAAUGUCAAGGACAACCCCCCCAUGAAGGAUAUGUUCAAGUUGCUUAUGUUCCCCGAGAGUCGCAUCUUCCAAGCUGAGAAUGCCAAGAUCAAGAAAGAGUGGUUGGAAGUGCUGGAGGAGGCCAAAAGAAACCGAGUCCUCAGUGAGAAACGAAGGCUGGAGCAGGAGGUGCCCGUGCGGACUCUUCCAGUGCCUGCUGAGACUACAAAUCCUUUUGAAGUAGACGAGGAAGAAGAGAAGGAGGAAGAAAAAAAGGCAACACCGGAAGAAGAAAUGGUGGAUCUGUCAUUAGAAUGGAUUCAGGAACUGCCAGAAGACUUGGAUGUCUGCAUUGCUCAGAGAGACUUUGAAGGGGCGGUUGAUUUGUUAGACAAGCUGAAGGAAUAUCUGAGUGACAAACCUGUGACCCAGAUGGUUAAAGAAUUGCGAGCAAAGGUAGAUGAAAGAGUCCGACAGCUCACGGAGGUCCUUGUGUUUGAAUUGUCUCCAGAUCGGUCUCUCCGAGGAGGGCCCAGAGCUACCCGACGAGCUGUUUCUCAGCUCAUUCGCUUGGGCCAGUCAACUAAAGCAUGUGAACUUUUCUUGAAAAAUAGGGAAGCUGCUGUUCACACAGCCAUCCGACAGUUGCGCAUUGAGGGUGCCACUUUGCUGUAUAUUCACAAACUUUGUCAUGUCUUCUUUACCAGCCUGUUAGAGACUGCAAGAGAGUUUCAGACAGACUUUGCUGGAAACAGUGGGUGUUACUCAGCUUUUGUGGUCUGGGCCCGGUCUACCAUGCGGAUGUUUGUAGAUGCAUUCAGCAAACAGGUGUUUGAUAGUAAGGAGAGUUUAUCUACUGCUGCUGAGUGUGUAAAGGUGGCCAAGGAACAUUGUAAGCAACUCAGCAACAUUGGUCUGGAUUUGACCUUCAUUAUUCAUGCCCUACUAGUAAAAGAUAUCAAAGGGGCUUUGCAGAGCUACAAAGAUAUCAUAAUUGAGGCCACAAAACAUCGUAACUCUGAAGAGAUGUGGAGGAGAAUGAACCUGAUGACUCCUGAAGCCUUAGGGAAGCUUAGAGAGGAAAUGAGGAGUUGUGGUGUGACCAGUUUUGACCAGUACACUGGAGAUGACUGCUGGGUGAAUCUUAGCUACACUGUUGUGGCUUUCACGAAACAGACCAUGGCUUUCUUGGAAGAAGCUCUCAAGUUGUAUUUCCCUGAGCUGCACAUGGUUCUGCUAGAAAGUCUGAUGGAGAUCAUCCUGGUGGCCAUCCAACAUGUUGAUUACAGUUUACGGUGUGAACAGGAUCCUGAGAAGAAAGCAUUCAUCAGGCAAAAUGCAUCUUUCCUCUAUGAAACUGUCCUUCCUGUUGUGGAAAAAAGAUUUGAGGAAGGUGUUGGAAAGCCUGCUAAGCAGUUGCAGGAUCUGAGGAAUGUUUCACGACUAAUGCGUAUUAAUCCUGAAAGUACUACCUCAGUGGUGUGACCUGUAAUGCCUCAGUAGUUUUUAUAUAAAGAUUGUAUAUAUUUGUGUACAUACAUACAUAAAGAUAUGUAUGCACAUACAUGCAUAAACUAAUGAUUAUCAAAUA